AUGACCGGCGCCGCGACUGGCACCACCGCCACCGCCGCUCCCAUCAACACCCACGGUGAUGCCCACAACCACGGCAACGGCAACGGUCACCACAGCAGCUUCGACCACGAAAAGUCGGCCAUGGCUCACCAGGCGCCCACGUACAACGGCGGUGGUGGACACGCAGCCCACCUGAGCCGCACCUUGACUCCUGGAGGACACUUUGCCGACGACGAUCUGAUCGCCAUCGCCAACAGUCACAGGAGGAUCGCUAAUCCUCUUCCUCUUGGUGUCUUUGGUUUCUCGACAACCACCCUUCUGCUGUCUCUGUACAACAUUCAGAUUCAGGGAAUCGCCAUUCCGAACGCUGUGCUCGGCUUCGCUCUCUCCUACGGUGGUCUGGCCCAGUUCCUGGCUGGUCUGUGGGAGUUUGCGACGGGAAACACCUUUGGUGCCACCGUGUUCUGCUCGUUCGGCAUGUUCUGGUGGGGCUACUCGGUCCUUUUGAUCCCCUUCUUCGGUUUCAUGGGGUCGUACGCUGGUCAACCGGGAAUCUACGCCACCGGCUCGCCUUAUGCGGGAGAGGCUGAUGCUGCCAUCGGCUUGUACCUUUGGAUUUGGUUCGGUAUCACCACCAUCUACCUCAUCGCUUCCACUCGAGGUUCCGUCUCGCUCUUCGUGCUGAUCUUCCUGCUUUGGGUCACGUUCAUCUUCCUCGGUGCCCACGCUUACACGGGCAACGCUCACCUUCAAACCGCAGGUGGUGCCUUCGGUAUCGCCACCGGCUUCGCCGGUUUCUACCUCGGCACAGCCAGCUUCCUCAGCCCUUACAACUCCUUCUUCACCCUCCCCGUCAUUCCCCUCGGCAAGAAGGAGUAA